AUGUGGGUUCUGAGGUUUGAAUGUAAAGGUGCGGAUGGAACUCAGAUCAAAGUCUCGUGUUGUUUGAAACAAGCGAUCCAAUACGACAUCGGAAGGUCUACAAAGAGCCCUUUGAACAUCAAGAAUGAUAAAAGCAUAUCACGAAGCCAUAUUAAGCUCGAAACGGACGCUCAAAACCUUCUGAGCGUCUCCAACCUUGGAAAACUGACAAAAAUCAAUGGAAAAGCUGUUAAAGUUGGUCACACGGCUAAGUUUUCGCCAACAUCUGAGACCAUCAUUGAAAUGGGUGCUGAACCCAUCGUGGCUAUUGUGACUUAUGAAAAUGCCUUGUGGAAAUUACCACACGAUACUUCAAUGGCUGAAUCCGAUAAGCAGCAACUAUCACUAUAUGGGAUUGAUGCUGUUACUACGCUUUCUUCGAACACUACAAUUCAAAUCGUCAAGCAACGAGAGGGACAUUACGGUAACUGUCUGUUUGCUUUAGUUUCUGGAAUCCCAGUGCUACGGGAAACUAUAAUUUCGGACUUUUUUCAGCAAGUGGAUCACAUCCAUACCAACUUCGAUGAACGAUGGACGGAGCUCGUGAAACGCAAUUCUCAGUUUCCAAACUAUGUUCCAACACCGUCGAUUUUUCGAACAUUCAACUUUGUGGUCACCAGCAGGAAGGUAUUUGCUAUUUUCAAACACAUCGUGGAUGCCGGAAAUGGUACGCUUUGGUUGUGUGAUGGUGUCACAAAUCUGGAGUCUUUUGUCAGAAAUCAGGUUCAAUCUGACAAGAUCGUCAUACUGAUGCAUCUCAACAACACUAACUCAUCUUUGCUGCAAAAAGAUGAUUCAAAUGGCGUGGACGAGAUCCAAGAGGCAAGACUUUUGAGGGCUGAGGCUAAAAAAAUCGGUUUGGCGGUAUUUGACGUCAAUGAUCUCGUCAAUGCUGUACUCAACCACGACCUCUCGUCACUGCUGAAGCGCACACCUGUUCAGCGAACUACCCCGACUGCCGCAAGUUCUGUACAGACAAUUAACUCAGCUUUGGAACAAGGAGACAUGGUUUCUCAAGAUACGGCAAAUAGUUCAUUGAGAAAGAGGAGGCCCAAUCGACAAAGAGUCCAGCCUCUCAAUAGUUUAACAUUCUUUGGUGGCGGUGGCUCUAUUGCAUCACAAGAGAUAAAAGCAAAGAGUGAGCAACCUCCCAUUAGCGAAGAUGUCAACUUUGAAAACGAUCCGGUGGUUGAAGAGGCAGCAGUACAACCAGCUUUCAAGAAACCUCGACUAGGCUCCGAUCACGAAACCAGAAAACUGAUCCACACUCCACUUGGAAAUGAAGAUCCACGCUUUUUGAAAAGGCCACACGACAAUAUUGAAGACGAUGAUGAACAACCAUCCGUAGUUUCGAAGCGGGAUAAAAUUGAUAGUCCUGCAGGUGACCCAAGUCCAUCUGUAGCCAGUUCUUCGGAACUUAAGCACGGAGAGAACAUUUUGGUGAAGAAGUCACGAAUAGGACAAGAUGCCGCUGCCAACUCUCCCCCUGCAAGCUCGAGAGAGGGAAGCACUCCCGGAAUGCACUCAAUCAAUCUAAGGAAUGGCACUCGUUCUGGUUCAUUUGUUCGCGCUAUUCAAGAAACGAAGACUAUUGAGGUUGACAGGCUGAAGGAAAGAAUGGCCGAUGUUCAAGGAGAAGAACUUACAGAGGAGGCAAUCAUGCAGCUUGAUAACCUUGCUAUUGUGGAAACUACAGAUCUUUUGAGGAAAAGAAACAAUGGGCAACCCGCACCUCCCACCAAUUCCAAUGAGCCCUGGAAUGGGAGAAAGAAUUUCAAAAAGUUUGUGAAGAUAUGGCCCUCGCGCUCUUCAAAUUCAAGUCCUGAUUCUGCUAAUGAUGCUAUUCGAAACAAAGCAUACAUGAUCACAAGGGAUUAUGUUCCUAUGCAGCAAUUUGAUCCACGAAAGAGCUCGCUACCAGAGGAAAAUAUGACUUCUGACGCCAGGCACAACGAAAUCGUGGAUCCAAUUGCAUCUGAAAAUGGUAUCGAUUUUGGAGUACAGGUGGAAGACGAUGAACCAGUUUUUCAAUUCACCAGUCAGCGCACUGGCACACACGCGGCGCAUACUAGCUCCGAAACUCCAUAUUCAGAAAACCAACAGGAGCUUUUUAUUAUUGAUGAGGACGACUCUCAGCAGCGGUUUAACGACAAGCAGCUAUUUCACAAAGAUACGGCAGAGGAAGAUAUUGGAAGUAUUCGAAAUGCUUCUGACAAAACCAGUUACCUUUCCAAAAAUAAUCGUGGUCAACGCGGCGGUAAUGUCAAUAACGAUGAAGAGAGUGACGAUAGCGACGAUGAACCAAAAUUUCAGUUUCGGUCUCGGAAAAGGUAA